UUCUAGGUAUCUUUUAUAAAAAAUAAAUUUCUUUUUUGUUAUGUUAAUUUUUUUUAACCAAGUAAGUUGUUGGGGCAAAUUAGACAAAAAGUUGGGUGUUGGGUGUCCAAAUAUGGCUAUUGGGUGUGUAUAGAGUGGUUUCGGGUAGGGCCCAGAUCCGCGGCAUUAAUGAAGACAUUCGCCCUCUCCUUCGUCUCUGGAAGAUUUCAAAAUUUUCGAAUUUCCCGCCAAAUCAUUUUUUAUGGCUGAGCAACACCACCCGCUUCGCCGCACCCAAUCUCACGAGGCUAUGGGGUCCCCAAUUCAAGGCAUGGAAUCGGUGAUCGCAACCGUGAGUGGGUACCACGGCUCGGACCGCUUCAACCUUAUCAAGCUCAUCUCUCAUGCCGGCGCGAGCUAUGUCGGUGCGCUGUCCCGAUCCACCACUCACUUGGUGUGUUGGAAGUUCGAAGGAAAGAAAUAUGAACUGGCUGACAAGUUCAAUACGAUAGUUCUCAACCAUCGGUGGAUUGAGGAUUGCAUAAAGCAAGGAAAACGAGUUCCUGAGCGUCCUUAUAUUCUGCAAUGUGGACAGGAAGUCGGACCCUUAUUGCUAGAACCUCCACCUAUUGCUAAGGUGGGUGUCUCGACUAAGAACUGGAAUGUGCUUUCUGACAAAUCAAGUGUUUGUGAUGAUUCUGAACAAAUUAUCGAUUUGGGGUGUGGAACUUCUCGCCGUUCUUUUUUGACUGAUUCAUGUCUUUUAAAUGAGGAUUUGUUUCCUGAAUUUAAAGAAAACAACAGUUCUCUUAAGUCAAAGCAGAAACAUGUUAGAAGGAAUUCAAAGCAAGAACUGCGAUCAUGUAGCAGACCCUGUUUUCAAGAUCCUCCUUUAACUAGACCACUUAGAAUGGAGCUUCAAGAGUCUUCCACACAUUUGGCAAGAGCUAAAAGAAAUAUUUCCAAUGGAAAUGGAAGCAGCAUGGCUGAAACUUCACGAAAAGGAAGGAGACUUGCAAAACGGAAUAUCGGUAGAUAUAUGAAAGAAUCAGCACUCUCAGACUCUGAUCAAGAGUACCACCCAAUCAGAUUUCAGAAUAUGCCUAAUGAUGUUGUCACAGUCCUUUCUGACGAUUCAGGUGAAGAAAGAAAUGGUAAUAUAUUGGGAACUGAAGGAAAAACUGACAAUGGUUUGCAUAUCCAAAGACGAAUCAGAAAUCGGGGUCUGAAAGGUGUUGUGGAGGUUGAUGAGAAUCACCUAUCUCCUUCCAAGGAUCCGAAUAUAUAUGUUGAGGAUGCACCAACUUCUCUGGAGGGAACUCCCCAAGAUGGAUGCUUUGAAGUUGAGAACUCGAAAGAGGAAUUCAAAAACAGGUUUGGGACUGAAGAUGCCACCAGAAUUCCUCCUUCGAUGGAGUUAUCAUGCGUAAUAUGCUGGACAGAAUUUAGUUCAACCAGAGGAAUUUUGCCAUGUGGUCAUCGGUUCUGUUAUUCAUGCAUUGAAAGCUGGGCUGGUCAUAUGGGUUCGAAGAGCAAGAAUUCAACAUGCCCUUUAUGCAAGGCUAGUUUUACAAGCAUUACCAAGGUUGAUGAUGCUGACAUGAUUGAUCAGAAAAUAUACUCUCAAACCAUUCCAUCAGCCCCAAAAAUGGACAUACCAGUUCCUACUUACCGAGGAAUACCCAAUUUUAGUGCUCAGUCCCCAUCAGGAACUGUUUGUGUUGCAUGUAGUGGUCGGGAACCCGAAGAACUUCUGGUUGCUUGCAAUCUCUGCCACAGCCGGUGCAUCCAUUCCUACUGCCUGGACCCUCCCUUAUUUCCAUGGACGUGCAUUCACUGCAAGGAUCUCCGAUUGGUUUACCUUCUCAACCAUUGAUAUACAUCGCCGAAAAAACAUCAAGAAUGCCUCAAUCCUUCAUAGAGUAACGGAAAUGCUGAUAUCGUGUUUGUACCAAGUAUCUUCAAGGGGUUAAGAAGUCAUGAGCACUGGCAAUGAAUGCGGUCCUUUAGCUCUACCAUUCUUAUAGUC